AUGCGUCUAUCCUAUCUUGCCUGUGUCGCCACGCUUGCAGCGGAGGCCGUUAUUGCAGACGCAGCACCAAUGAAGGCCGAAGCACUCCCUCUAACGUUACUUCCCAAAGAGUUCGCCGACUACGCAAACCGAAAUCAGCCAUCAGCGCAACAACUCGCUGCGAACGGUCGGGUAUGCGGGCUUGGUGCCCAACAAGGCGUGUGCGACAACGGACGAUGCGGUACCUUCGUCGCUCCGACCGGGUUUACAAUAAUUCGUGGUGCGGAAUCACAAUGUGGAGCGGCUACCAAAAAGGCGUAA